AUAAUUGAAGGAUUUAUGAAAUCCAGAGGGUAUCACCAGCUGCUGCUUUGCACAUACCAAGGACAUGAACAUUUUCCAAUGGAGAAUUUACCUAGCUUAAUAAAUAAAAGUCCAAGAGCAGGUCACAGCAUUAACAUUCAGAGGGAGUGCAGCGAGAAUCAGAUUCAAUCUCUGGCAUUGCUGGGCUUGUGGCUUGUGGUUGAUUUUUUAUUUACUUUGCAAAAGUUCCUGAUAGGCGGAGCAUCUAGUUUCAACUUCCUUUUGCAGCAAGUUCUUUCCUGCACUAAUCACAAUUCUUGGAAGAGGAGAAUUGGACAUUGUGAACAGAGUUAGCUGGUAAAUGUCCUCAUAAAAGAUUCAAAAAAUGAAACUUCUAGCAAAGAUUAUUUGCCUUAUGUUAUGGGCUAUUUGUGUAGCAGAAGAUUGCAAGGAACUUCCUCCAAGAAAAAAUACAGAAAUUCUGACAGGUUCCUGGCCUGACCAUACAUAUCCAGAAGGCACUCAGGCUACCUAUAAAUGCCGCCCUGGAUAUAGAUCUCUUGGAAAUAUAGUAAUGGUAUGCAGGAAGGGAGAAUGGGUUGCUCUUAAUCCAUUAAAGAAAUGUCAGAAAAGGCCCUGUGGACAUCCUGGAGAUACUCCCUUUGGUUAUUUUAGCCUCAUAGGAGGAAAUGUGUUUGAAUAUGGUGUAAAAGCUGUGUAUACAUGUAAUGAGGGGUAUCAAUUGCUAGGUGAGAUUAAUUAUCGUGAAUGUGACACAGAUGGAUGGACCAAUGAUAUUCCUAUAUGUGAAGUUGUGAAGUGUUUACCAGUGAAACCACCAGAGAAUGGAAAAAUUAUCAGUGGUGCAAUGGAACCAGAUCGGGAAUACUAUUUUGGACAAGUAGUACGGUUUGCAUGUAACUCAGGCUACAAGAUUGAAGGAGAUAACGAAAUGCAUUGUUCAGAAGAUGGUGUUUGGAGUAAAGAGAAACCAAAGUGUGUGGAAAUUUCAUGCAAAUCCCCAGAUGUUAUACAUGGAUCUCCUAUAUCUCAGAAGAUUAUUUAUAAGGAGAAUGAACGAUUUCAAUAUAAAUGUAACAUGGGCUAUGAAUACAGUGAAAGAGGAGAUUCUGUAUGCACUGAAUCUGGAUGGCAUCCGUUGCCUUCUUGUGAAGAAAAAACAUGUAAUGUGCCUUACAUUCCAAAUGGUGUCUACUCACCUUUAAGGAUUAAACACAGAACUGGAGAUGAAAUCAGGUACCAGUGUAUAAAUGGUUUUUAUCCUGCAACCUGGGGAAAUACAGCAAAAUGCACAAGCACUGGCUGGAUACCUGCUCCAAGAUGUACUUUGAGACCUUGUGAUUAUCCAGACAUUAAACAUGGAGGACUAUAUUAUGAGAGCAUGCGUAGACCAUACUUUCCAGUACCUGUAGGAAAAUAUUACUCCUAUCACUGUGAUGACUCUUUUGAGACUCCUUCAGGAAGUUACUGGGAUUACAUUCAUUGCACACAAGAUGGGUGGUCACCAGCAAUACCAUGCCUCAGAAAAUGUUACUUUCCUUAUUUGGCAAAUGGAUAUAAUGAAAAUAAUGGAAGAAAGUUUGUACAGGGUAACGCUAUAGAAGUUGCCUGCCAUCCUGGCUACAGUCUUCCAAAAGAGCAGACUACAGUUACAUGUACAGAGAAUGGCUGGUCUCUUACUCCCAGAUGCAUCCGUGUCAGUAAGUACACUGCUCUGAGAUCCCAGCAUGUUCAUGUCUUUCUAAAUAACAGAGAUGACAUUCUAAUACUCAUCUAUAUUAACUGUGGCAAAAUGUUUAUGUCAACUUGUUUUGCCAGCAGACCUAUUUCAUUUUUGGUUUUUCAAUUGUGUAUAAAUAAAUAUACAAAUUUCUUGAUAAGUACAUAGUAAAAUAAAUUAUCCUAUUAAUGGGCAUUAGUCAAGAAUACAGUAAAAUAAUUUGAAC